AUGUCUAGCCCCUCCCAACAGCACCAGACUGCAGACCUGGGUGAUGAAGGCCAGGAGCGGCAAGAUGACUCGGAUGAGCUAGGCGAAGAAGCCCGUCAACGAUACUUAGAAGGAUUAACCUACAUUCUCAAGGGUGGCGAUGCACGUUUCAUCCCCCAAUGGGAUGAACAAAUCAUCGGGUAUGAUGCUGCGUCAAAUGUCGUCCGAGACCAGAACAAUCCCCCAAAGCCGACCCCACCAACUGAACUUGAGCUUUACCCCUGUACGGAAUGUGGACUGGUCUGGAUAGGUGGUCACGAAAACUCUGGUCUCACCAACAUCCAUCCGAGUCACAGCAACCACGUUGUACAUCCGGUGAAUCCUUGCCGCUCAAUUUUGGUAUAUACCAAGGGUAUCUGCAGAGGAGGUGGAACACCUGACGCCAAAGCUGCUAUUGGUGUAUACUUCGGCCCGGGAUCACCCCACAACCGUUCCAUACUCGUCGAAAGACAAGCACCCGGCUCUCAAAUCGCUGAGAUAGCUGCAGUAGUCGAGGCAAUGCGAUAUAUGCGUACUGUGAUUCUCCCAAGGCGCAAAGAAAUUCUGCGAGAGUCACUGAGAACGCGAAGUCGUCAUCUAUCAUCGUUCAUAGCCUCCGCGAGUGGCGUUACAUCUAAUGAAUCUAUCGCUGUUCGGCUGAUUAUCGCUACCGACUACCAGUACCUCGUGGAGUGUCUCUGCAAGCCCCGUCCGCUUCCGAAAAUGCAACAGCAAAUUAGGGACCAAUUCUGUGGCGAAAAUGUACCCAAGGACAAUGAAGGUUUCAGCCAGAUCCUCAGUGAGAGGAGGAAACUUUCGAUUGAAGGGGCCCUAGUUACUUGGUAUCGCAUUGAUCCGAGCUUUAACUCGAUGGCGAAAGAGUUAGCAGAAUCGGGUUUAGGCUCUACCAGCACGAGUACAGAGUAG